AUGUUUGCAGUAAUAGAAUUCAAAGAAGCAGAUGGUGGUGGGCUCUCACUAGUUAAUUCCCAGUGGCUUACUCCCAGAAAACAAGAGGUAUUCUGGCCGCCUAUAAAAAAUAGUUCAAAUUUUAGCAAGGUAUUGCGUAGAGUCGAACAGGACAUAGACCCCGAUAAAUGGAAAUUAUUUGGAGUAGAAAAAGUUUUCUAUGAAACUGAGGACUUUGAUAAAGCUAAAGAAAAAUUGAGGCAAGCCGAGGUAACUUCUGAUCUUCACACAGAUCUAGAUGAGGACCCUGAAGAGAAGAGAAGACUUAAAAGAAAAAUAAUUAAAAAAAAAGUUUUCUCUGAUACUGAUGAUGAUGAAAACGAAAAUGAUUGCUCACCCCCAAAAAAGUUGACAACAAAAAAGAAACUGGACCUUAAUCUACCACGUCCCCCACGUAUCCAAUUGAAGCUGAAUAAUAAUUAUUAUACACAAAAAACAGGCCUCUCUCAAAACACGGCAGAGGAAGAAGAAGAAGCCAGUCAAAUAGAAUCAGAUGUCGAUGAUGGGGGCGAUACAAGCAUGAAUAUUUCAGAGCAGAAUUAUAGAGUACGUCUGUCCACACCAAAAUCUUCUACUUCCACAGGACAUUCUUCUGUUGUACACGACGUUUCACAACGUUCGACACCAUGCACUGAUCCAAGCUCAGUGGAUUUUGAUAACAAUCUCCGUGAUAUGCCCGCAUUCAAGACGCUUCUAGAAAAUGUUUUGAAAGUUAAGGCACAAAACAGACAAAUUUUGAGUAUUCUUAAAAAAUCUACUCCUACACAAAUUGUUGGUUUGCCUGAAAGUCUACCUGUCAACUUGCCAGUUUCUGAACUAGAAGAUUUAGCGAAACUGGAAAGCUUCCUUGAAGAGGAAGAACAUCUUUGUCACUUUAAAUCCUAUUGCCUAUCCAUAUCAAACUCCAAAGAUUUAGUCCAGAAGACUAAUAGACUUCUCCGAAGUAUUAUCUCUGACACCGUGGCCAAGAAAUAUAAUUACUUUGGAAACAACAGAAACAAGUCCACCAAGGAAGCUGAAAAAAGCCCAUUUUGUAGACUUCAUCUGAACAAAGUCAUAAUAGAUGCUGUAAAGCACCAAUGUGAUUUUUCAACUGAGCAAGUCGAAAGUGCAAUAAAAAAUUGGCUGAAGCAUGCUCCAUCUCGGAAAGUGAAUAAGCCCUAA